CGACACAUCACUAAUCACUACCCGUAGCACACGAGUGUCCAGGAAGUGUUUGGUUUCCAAGGGCUGCUGUCUGCGCGGAAGCUCAAACAAUAUCAACUGAACUCUUCGAACAUUAGCAGAGAAGAAAAUACUAGGAUUAAUGGCUCUGCCGACACUCUCGGUCCGUCCACCCAUUCGAUCCCGAGUUCUGGCAGAACAGCUGAAUCGGCAGCGGGAGCGGGAGGCCCACUGGCGGAAGCAGUCGGAGCUGCAUGCUCGGUACUUCAGAGAGCAGAAAGUUCGCGGUCAGAAACAUAACGUGUGGAGCUCCAGACAGUCUUUUCAACAGAGACAGAGGAUGGAGGAGGAAAAAGAAGCAAGUCUGAAGGAGCGCAGGAAUCGUCUCAGGGACAUGCUUCAAAAAGAACAGCGCCAGCUGGAGGCGGAGCUCAGGGAAGUGUUGAAUGACAACAGAGCGUCAUCAAGACAAAUGGUGGAGAAAACAGAGGAGCUCCGUACAGCAAGGGAGGAAAGACAAAAAAAGCUUGCACAAGAGCUGUUAAGGGAGCACUGGAAGAAAAACAGCCCAGAAUUUCAGGAGGUGGAGACAGCAUUACAUAAGCAUCAUGUUGUCAGUCAGUGGAAGGAGCAGAUAAAUGAUAAGAAACAGCAGGCAGAGGCCGAGCAGGAGGAGAGGAGACUCUAUGAAAAUGAGAAUGAAAGAAGCAGGAGGGAGGCUCUGGAGAGGAUUAGAGAGUCUGUGGAGAAAAGGAGAGAGGAGGAGCGAAAGAGAGCCCAAGAACUGUACAAACAGAUAGAAGAACUUAAACUGAGGGAUGAAGAGACCACUCAACUAAAGAAGGAGCAAGAUGCUCUGCUGUUGCAGCAGUGGCAGCUGGAGAAGAUAGAGGAGGAGAGGAGACAGGUGGAGGAGAAACAAAAGAAGUCUGAGAUGAGGAAGUUCCUGAUCAGACAGUAUAGAACUCAGCUGAAGAGAAGAGCUCAGCAGGUGCAGGAAGAACUGGAGGUGGACCGUAAAAUUUUGGCAGCCUUGAUGGAAGGAGAGGAUGAGGAAAAAUGGAUGGAGACAGCACGAAGAGAACGGGCCGUCGCCGAUGCUGCCUGGAUGAAACAAGUGAUUGAAGAGCAGCUUCAGCUGGAGAGAGAGCGGGAAGCAGAGUUUGACAUGUUGAAGAGAGAAGAAGCUCAGCAAGUUUGGGCGAAACGUGAAGCACAGUGGGAGAAGGAGAGAAAAGCCAGGGAAUUGCUGAUGCAGGAGGUUUUCACUGGGAGACAGCAGCAGCUCGAGGAGAAGAUGCAGAAGAACCGCAAGGCCCAGCAGGAGUCCCUAAGGCAACGGGAGCAGUUGAUCCAGGAGGUGGAGCAGGAGAGGCAGACAAGAUGGCAAGAGAAGAAGCAAAAAGAGGAACGAAGGACAGUCCGGAUACAGGAGUUAGACGCUCAGGUGGAAGAGCAGUACCAGGCACAACUGGAGGAGCAGUUCAAGAGACAGGAGGAGGAGGAGAAGGAAAAGGAGGCCCAGAGAAUCCAAGAGGAGAAGCUGAGGUUGGAGAUGCAGAGGAUGGAAAAGAGAGGUUUCCAGGAGAAGAUUCACAGCAGGCCACGUUCUGCCUGGACAUGAGUGAGAAGCAAGAAAAUAUAUAUUUUGUAUAGUACAUAUUUUGUGUCAGCAGUUAAAGAAUUAUUUCAAGUAUGGUAUGUUAUAAAAUAAUACUAACAUUAGUCUGAAAACUGAAAUUAAAUUUACUCUAACAGUGGAAAAAAAAAUUAACCUUUUUUUCCACUGACAUCAAGGUUAAAAGAAAUCCCUAAAAUGUAUUUAAAAAUGUAUUUUCUGUUGCCAAACAACUUUCACUUAUGUGUUUAGCAAAGAUGUGUUAAAAUUGAAGUAAUUAAAUUAUUUUGUAGUGUCUCUCAAUGAAGUAAGGUAUUCAGCUCAGUGCCAAGACUUGAUAUUUAACAACAUUCUGAAUCACGUUUUGGGAUUUAAAUUUUAUAUUUUCAACUUUUACACUUUUUUUACACUGAAAUGGAAUCAGUGCAUUAUGUAAAGGCAUUCAUAGAGGAAGCUCUUCAGGAAUGAGUGUUAUUAUUUUGUCAUUAUGAUUAAAUGGCAUUUUUUUCAAA